AUGGAAAAAAGAGAACUAAAGCAGGGAAUAUUAAAGAAGCUGAUGUCUCGUUUCAUGAGAGGUGGUGAAGACAAAGCAGUAAAUAAAGAUGGGAGAAGCAAGAUAAGAGCUUUGGUUGUAGAUGAUAGCAUGGUGAACCGAACCAUUCAUCACAAACUAUUGCAGAAUCUUGGCAUUGAAAAUCAAGUAGUUGGUAAUGGCAAAGAAGCUGUUGAUGCCCACUCUUCUGGCAAUUAUUUUGACCUCAUUUUGAUGGAUAUGGACAUGCCUGUCAUGAAUGGAAUUGAGGCAACAAGGAGGCUUCGCGCAAUGGGCGUUCGUAGCUUGAUUGCAGGCGUCACAACGCGGUCUCUAGAGCAAGAAAAGCAAGAGUUCAUGGAAGCUGGUUUAGAUGAUUAUCAAGAGAAGCCAUUGACAGCAGCUAAGCUUGUUUCUAUAAUACAUAAGAUCAACCAAUCCAGUUCAACUCCUCGAUAG